AUGACCCAUCUGGUUGUUGGCUUGUUGGGCAUAUAUUGUUUGAAGGAGCAACGACUUCUGAAUGAUUCCAACUUCUCAUCAAUAGUCACAUAUUCUCCUACAGAUUAUAAGGAAAAUAUGCUAGCCCACCGAGACAACAAGCAUCAUUCGAAAUGGGAUCUUGAGAGUACUGCAGUUUUAUUACAUAAUCACUUUCCAACUCAUGCAGUGAUUAUUGUAAGACCAUCUAAAAUGGCUCUAAAUACUUUCAGUUGUUAUGAAAAUUUUGCAGAGGUAAAUAAUUUUGGUGCACCUACUUAUGCACUAAACAUUGAUACUCUUAAGCAUUUAGAAAUGCUUUUGAAAAACAUUGAAUUAGCAGUCCAGCAAAGUUUUAGAACUGAAUGUGAUUUUAAUUCUAUGGCUAUGAAACAGAAGUUUUUUGAUGGACCUAUAGACUUAAUUGGUUUUAGUAAAGGGUGUAUUGUUUUGAAUCAGAUUUUAUAUUCAUUUUCAGCAGUAAUUAAUGAAUCUGAUCAAUCUCUAAUGCCAUUUAUAAAGAAAAUAAAAAAUAUAUAUUGGCUUGAAGGUGGGCACUCUGGGCCAUCAAGCACAUGGGUUACAGAUAAAUCAGUUCUGAAAAAUUUUUGUAAUUUAAAAAUUAAUAUUCAUAUCCAUGUUACACCUUAUCAAGUUCUUUGUGAUAGUAAGCCUAGAGUUGCAAAAGAAGAAAAAUUUUUUAGAGAAACUCUGCAAAGAAUGGGGGCAAAUGUUAGGCGGAAACUUCAUUUUGAAAAGGAACCUCGUUCAUUGGAUGUGCAUUUUCGAGUACUGGAAGUUUUUACAGAAAGUGUAGAUUAA